AUGAGGUUUGCCUCCACAGAUUUAUCAUGGAGCAUAAUAAUGGCCUGGUUUAUGGCUGAAUUCGUGUACAUUCGGUCGGUGCACGAAACUGCAAAGUUCUUGGAAUUCGCUGAGAUUGUGAAACUGGUCCCAUACAAUGAAAAUGACAUUGUUAUUGUGUGCGGUGAUUUUAACCAGCCCGGUGUCAAAUGGAUCAAAGCCGAUGAUGGUGAUUAUUAUGUGCCAAUCAAUUUGUCGACAGAGGGCGGCAUUGCUGUUUUUGACACAAUGUUCGACUGUGGAUUCAACCAGCUGUCAAAUAUCGAAAAUCCAGCCGGAAAUGUUUUGGAUCUUAUCUUCACAAACAAGUUCUACGAAAUGUCGUUGACUGAAUCAACAAGACCAUUGGUUAAGUCCGACAUUUGGCACAAAGCAAUUGAAAUCGAAGUGACAAUUGAUGAAAACGAACCCACAUCACCGCAAUCAUCGGAAAUAUACGCAUACAAUUCGGCGGAUUUCGAUGCGAUGAAUGCAUUCUUCAUUGCAAGUGACAUUUUGUUGGGGAUAAAUCGAAUUGAUGACCUCGAGAAUGCAUUCCAAUUAUUUGGCAAUGUUCUACACGAGGCAAUAGACUCAUUUGUUCCAAAAAUCACCAUACAAAAGAGCACUGAUCCACCGUGGCACACAAAGCACUUGAAACACAUGAAAAAUGUUAGAAGAAAGGCGUAUAAAAAAGCAAGAGAAACUGGUAACUUUGACGAAUACAAUGCCAUCACAGAUUCGUUCAUGCAGUUACAAAGCCAGUUGUUCAAGUCGUACAUCAGCCGCAUUCAAUUGCAAAUCAGAGCAAAUCCAAAACAUUUUUGGCGAUUUUAUACACAGAGCGACAAUAUCGACUUGGAUCAAUUGCUGAGUGAAUGUGGUGACAUCUCGUUUGACAUUGACAUCAAUGAAGUAGACGUGAUGAAAGCACUACAAGCGAUCAAUGUAAACAAAGGAGCCGGCCCAGAUGGUAUUUCACCAAAACUACUGAAAAAUUGUGCGCAUACUUUGUCAAAGCCGUUAACAAUGCUAUUUC